UCAUGCUUAAGUUGUUGUGUAAUUUUGUGUUUUAUUAUUAUAUGUGAUUGUGAAGCUAUUAUUUUUGCAUAGCUUGUAAUCCAUAUGAAAUUCUUACAUAUAUGCAUUUAUUUGCUCUUUGGUACUUAUGGAUAUUGUGCUUUACAGGAUGCCUCGUAGAAUAUCAUCAUCUAGAGGUAGAGGACGGGGUCGACAGGACACAAUGUCUCAACCCAUGCAGUCUUUGAGGGAUGAACAAAAUGAAGACCAAAGCAUAGGACAUGAGCCACUACAGUUGCCAGUGGAUACUCAAGUUUCACCUACUCCACUACAGUUAGGGGGGCAAGUAGCAGCAUCGUCAUCAUCAUCAGUUCGAACUAGAGGUCCGAAUUUAGGGCAGCCAACACCAGUAAACCCAACAAAUCGACAAAUGAUAAGAUUAAGGGGCCUUGUCUUCUUGGAUAUAUCUGUCUCUCGCUCAAUAACCAAUGACAUUAAGAUGCACUUUACAGCUCCAUGGAAAACUUGGGCAGAAAUACCCAUCAAGAUGAAGGAUGAGCUAUUUGGAAAAUUUCAAGGUCGUUACAUGUGGGAUGAAACUGAAGAGCAGAAUGUGCAUCUUGCUUGGAAUAAGCUUGGGAAGGAUAGAUUUCGUGAUAUUCUUAACAGAGCUAGGAAUGAAAUGUUGGUGAAGCACAAGAAAAGUGAUAUUGCUUAUUUGCACAAUCUAUGA